GAACAUUUGGGAGAUUUUAUUGGCUGCAGAUAACCACAAUUGUGCACUGUCUGUAAGCAAGAAUGGCCUUAUCCUUGGAAACAGCUUUACAUGUUGUAUUUGAAGAUGACAACUGUAGUGAGCCAGAAUUAUUUUUAUACUCAGGAGAAACAAUUUCUACUCCCUGUAAUUAUGAAAAUUUAUUUUGAUAAUUAAUAAUUAUUUAUUAACCUUUUAACUCCUGUAAUUGAUCAGGACAGAGUUUCUCCUUAUUAUAUCAUUCUAUACAAUAUCAAGCAGACAAGUGAUGAGAAUAUAGAAAAUUAUCAAUUAUGGGAUUAUUAAUUGAUCCAAUAAAAAAUUCCCCAUACGAACCUAAUGAAAAUCAUUUGGCAAACAGUGAGGAGAAUUACUGAUGAGAUCUUGAGAGUUAGAGGGUUAACUGGUCUAUACAUAAUAUAUUUAUACUAUGUGCUAAAAUUGGCAACAUGUGACUCAUUACUGUUGGUACACUUAAUUACAGUUCAAUUAUAAAUGUCCAUCUUAAGUUGUAAAUUAUGAUUAAUGAUUCAAAGUUAUGGACAGGGACAAGCAAAAUGAUUUCAAUAGGAAUCUCUUUUCAUGUAAGGGCAUAAAAAAUUCAGAUUGAGGCAAGUUUGACAAAUCUAAGGCAAGGUGAAAAUAAAAAAUUUUUAUAUGAUAAUGUUGAUAGUAAUGCUUAUGGCAUGUUUUAUUUCACAUUCUAGGUAAAAAGCUUAAGACAUGGGAGACAAUUGGAACGCAUCCAAUACAGUUUCGUGUAAGUUUUUCUAUGUAGUUGCAGAGUGAUUAUUGAGUCAUUAUCACAAUUCACUCUCAAUGGAUGAUUUCCACCACUGAUGGUACUUCAGACUGUAAUUGCUCAGCUUGUGACAAAUUUAAUGAUAUGGGUAGCUAUGCUAAAUUAGAUAUUGAUCGACCAUCCCACACUCUUGAUUUAUGAUGAGACGGAUUUAAAAAUGGUGAAAGAGGUAUCAUUUUUGUAAUCAUCUGAUCCAUAUGAUAUUUUCUGUACAUGAUCUUAUUUGGUCUUACAGGUCCAAUCUGAUUGUUGGUCUAAAUUAAGAAAUAUUAAUAUAUACUUAUUACAUGCAUUGUAAAUUUAAGGAGCUAAGACAAUUAAAAAUUGUAUUAUUUAUUGUUUAAAUUCAAUUAAGAUUGAAAUCGCUUCCAAAAAAUUGUUUAUUUACUCUUUGGUGGUUUAUGUAACUUAGCAUUGAAUAGCGGCAAGAGACUCACAAGUUUCAGAUCUAGUCCCUAGGAUAUUUUUGUAAAGGAAGUGGGGAGUUAUGUGGUUAUGUAUGACAUGUGACUGUAUGGUUUUAUAGAUUAUUUAAAGACCUUUAGUGCAUAUAGUUUAGUUAUCUUGUCACUUAUGCCAUCACAACCACUGGCUUCUGUAAUAUUGACAGAUAAUUUAGAGGUUAAGGAACCACUAGGUGUUUGUCUGCAGUGAUAAAUUUUGUGAAAAGAAGUGAGAUGACCAAAAAUGGUAAUGUGCUUCUGCAGAUAACCAAAACAUUUGAUUGGUUCUUUAAUGAAAUUUCCAAUUCUUAUUUCAAAACAAUGUUGAUUUGUUUCAUUGCAUUCAAUCUUUUGUUUGUUAAUCCAACCAUUUUUGUAAACUUUUUUUACUGUCUUACAUGCCAUCUCUUUUUUUUUUUUCUAUUGUCAGUAGUAACUUUAUAUUCAGAAGUUUGACUGAACAGUGGCUUAGAUGAUUUCUAAAAGUGAAUCAGCAUUAAGCUGACUCUUGAUGAGUCUUUGUACCCAUAGAGCAAAUACUGAAAUCAAUAUUGGUUCCAAAAAAAGGUUGCAUUCCUUUAGCUAUGUUAACCAUUGAUAUUUUUUCACACAGAAACAAAAUGACUAAAUUUUUACUCUAACAAAGUCUUUUAGAAUUGCAAUUCAAAAUGAUCAUGAAAAGAUUAAAUUAAAACAAGAAAAAAGGAUGUUUGAAUUAUUGCAACCCUGAAUUUAAAAAAAAAACACAAUAUUUAUAUUUUAUUAAAUUUUCUUUGUGAAAAAAAUUUAUUGAACUUAAUAAAUAUAUGAGAUAAACCACGAUUGUAAAGAAAUUGAAAUAAUGGGAUAUGGUCAAGGAGCUAUUUUGAGUGAAUUUAUUAAUUUGCUAAAUAUUUCAAACAAUUUCAUGUACCAAGCUAUUAACAGAACUUAAUUUGUACCUUUACUUAAUUAAAGAUAUAGGUAACAUUAAAUUCCUAAAAUUUUUUUUAUUUCACACUCUUAGCCUUGCUUUGGAAAAUGAAAAAUAAAUUGUAGUACCUCAAUAGUGAUCUAGUGAAGGUAUUUUUUGAAUUAGUUAGAUAUUUUCUGCAAUUAACAUUCUGAUAAACUUGAAAAUGUUUCGGUGUUAAAUUGCUGUUAUUGAUGACAUCCCAUUCCCUAGUUUAUGUCCUUCUUUAAUUUUUGAAUGACUGUUCUUUUUUUAGACCACAGUGUCACUUUCCAGUGAUGUACAGUAUAAUGAAAGAUUUCAAGCCAUAACUAUGAUGGAUGAAUAUGCAAACAAGAGCAUUGAAGUAGGUUAAAUAGGUUAUCAACGUAAAAAUUAAUAGGCUCUGAGUAUUUGCCAAAUAAAUGCUCAAUUUUUUUGUAAUUCCAUGAGGCAUCUGAUCAUGAUCUUUUAUUAACUUAAUGAUAUAUAAUUACAAAUGAAUAAAGGGGGUAAGUUUCUAAAGAAACUGUGGUGCUGCAUCGGUGGGAGAGUAUAGCAGGUAAUUUAGUGUUAACGACUGAGUUGAAAACGUAAAUUGGCCACCGCAAAGAGUAAAAAAGCUGACGUUUCGAGCGUUAGUCCUUCGUCAGAGCGAUUGGACGAGGAGCUAACGCUCGAAACGUCAGCCCUUUUUAAUCUUUACGGUGGUCAAUUUACAUUUCCAACUCAGUUGUUGACACUAGAUUACCUGAUAUUAAUUACAGCUGAGUAUGACUUAUAAUUCGAGUAUGUCAAUAAUAUAUUAUAGGAAAUGAUUGUCCAUAGAUGUAAGAGCCAAUAAAUCACUCAUUCUGGCUCCCUCUCAUUAUGACUGCUGGAGCAUGAAAUCUCAAACAUAGUGACUUAAGGAUAGCUAACUUGUCCUUAAGAGUAGACGUUUUAAAUUGCUCAGGAGUUGCGCUUUGAAGACUUUGAGUACCAGAAUAAGACUAGUGCCCAGAAAGAGCCAUUUGGGAAGAGUUCUUCAACCACGUGCUCCUCGUCUGCUACUGAUAGAAAUGAAAACUAUCUUUACACCCAUUCUGGAUGCAGUUCUUUUUCUUCAUCGUCUGGCUUCCGUACCAUGUCCUCUAGCUCUAGAAAACCUCGCAGUUCUCGACUGAGCUAUUUUUCCCCCUCGACACCUUACAAAUUUACGUCGUCAGUGUAUGAGCACAGCCCUUGGUCACUAAAAUACAGUCCUUCGUCACCAACAUACAGUCCUUCGUCACCAAAAUACAGUCCUUCGUCACCUACCUACUAUCCUACGUCACCAAGCUACUGUCCUACGUCACCAAGCUACAGUCCUACGUCACCAAGGUACAAUCCUACCUCACUACGCUACCGUCCCACGUCACCAACCUACAGUCCUUCGUCACCUACCUACACUGUUUCAUCCAGCUCUUCUGCGGCUCGUUGCAAUUCAUUUUGGUCGUUUCUGGAAGGUGAGGGGCUGAAUCUUUGUCUAUUAAUUGUAAAUGUUUUAGUUUGGUAUCAGCGAACUCUGAAGACUCCCGAGAUGAAUUAGAAUAUUUUUUUUAAAAUUUGUUUUGACGAUCUUUCCGGAAAUAUUAUGCGUAGGGAAGAUAAAGGAGAGAGACACUCCCUUAUGGGCCGUAUGUCUCAGUUAUUUUCAGAACACUUUAAAUUCAUGCACACGUCGGAGGGUCUUGGAAUAAAUGUUCUCGUGUACGAAUCUUAAUCAAAUUUCAUGCGAUAUCUAAGCUACACGCGUGACUUAAGUAACAUCAUUCCUGAAGAAGCAAACAUAUUGAGUCUAAAAGUAACUUAGUUUCAGUCUCGUUCCUUGAUCUUCUCUUGACUUGGUUAGGAAAUAGUUGAAAAAAAACACCUUUGCAAUCCUUUACCUCCGUGAAAAGUUCAUGGUUACGGUACAAAAGAGAAUUAUAAAUCAAAGUAACAUACUUGAAAUGGGUACUAGUGAGUGUUAUUAAUGCCAGAAAUUGUUAUCCAGUUGUAAAGUAGGUCUAGGCAAGUACUACUACCUUAAAGUGCAGUUCUUGUGGUUUUAAAAGGGAAGACUAAAGCGGUUGCAGUUUUAUUUAGGCGUUAUCAAUUUUCAGCGUCAUUUUGUUUUUACUACCUGUUAGCUCGUUUCCGUGAAAUACAGUCAGUUCUUAGAAAAUAACGUCUCGCUCCUCGAUGUGACAGAAAGUUAAUUUCAUCCACGAAAUUGCUUUUAGUUUAUCUUUCUUUACGAUUCACAGGAUUCGAUGCCGCAAAAUGGGACCCAACUGACAUUGAAGUACAAAUCAAUGAAACGUACAAGGUAAGUUAUUACUGAGGUUAGGAAUUGAAAUUUGAGUUUUCCCUGGUUCUUCUGUCAAAGAAGAAGAGCAAGUACGCGCACAGUACAUCGGCACGCAGAACUAUUUUGCCUUCUGCUGAAGCAUAAAAAGCUAAUGAAAUGGCAGCAUGAUGAAAGUUAAAGACAAUUGAGGUCUACCUCUGACAAAGCCAUACUCGGAAAAAAGAAAAUCUGAAUUCUCGCGUAAGGAAUGAAUCCUAUUGCCUUCCAACUAAAAUUUUGGAAGAAGUGAGGAAGGGGCUGGUGGUGUGAAAAGUCACGAAACUAGGUCAACGCGACAGUCACCUUGUAUACUGCUACAAUGGAUAGUCGACGUUAACGGUGUGUGUUGUAAGCCUUGUGCUCAAGGAGAAAGAGUAUUUCAAAAUCCAAGACUGUGGCAUACUUGUCGCCUAAAUAUUUAAUGAAAAGAGGUAUGAUGUUCAAACUGAACUUUUUGCGACCUCAAAAUCCAAAAGAGGGAAAUGGCAUAGGUGAUUGAAUCGACGAGGAUGAAAAAUAAGGAGGGAGUCAGUUAUAACUGUGUAGGUCCGUAGACUAUAGAAUUGUGAAUGAGAAAAAGUAGAGCAUGGUAAUAAUGAAGUGGUCGUAUUUUCUGUCAAAGGGACAUUCGUUCAGCGAGAUUCAUACUUCCUCCUUUUUCCCUUGCAUGUGUAACAUUGACGUGACUCUUUUGAUUUGGGUACGAUCCUCUAUUCACAGGCAGGUAAGAGGCUGAUAAACAAAAAGGGUGUGGUGCGCUCAGUAAGUGGACGCCAGUGUUUAGUGAAACUAUACGAUGAAUACCACCCGGUCCUCAUCUCGAUUGAAAAUAUUGAUCCGGUGAAGUUAUCUAAAAACGACAAAGUAAGUAUAGCUAAGUUACUCUCAACAUUGCUCAUCGUAUUUUAUUAGUCCGUAUAGAAUUAACCUUGUUUUUCCUUUUAUAGCUAGCAUCCUUGUUGUUGUUGUUGGUAUUUUGGGGCUUUGUAACAAGAAAAAAAUGGCGAACAGAAAAUCUGGCUGAACAAUAAUUAUCUAAGCGACCCGUUACACGCUUAUUAAUCAGUGACUAGACUCCCUGGACAGGACAUGAUGAUGUUCUAAUGCUGAAUUUUAUAUCAUGUGUAUUGCAUUCCUAUUUCAUUCAAUUGUCAGAAUUCAUAUUUGGUUUCGAUAUACAUCUAGAUCUAAUGUUAACAACUGGGUUGAAAACGUAAAUUAGCCACCGUAAAGGGUAAAAAAGCUGAUGGUUCGAGUGUUAGCCCUUCAAUCGCUCUGACGAAGGGCUAACGCUCGAAACGUCAGCUUUUUUACCCUUUACGGUGGCUAAUUUACGUUUUCAACCCAGUUGUUAACACUAAAUUACCUGCUAUACCCUCCCACCGACGCAGCACCACAGUUUCUUUAGAAACUUACCCCUUUAUACAUCUAGAUCUGCUUACUUGGUUUUGAAAAGGAUAUUAUUUGGCUCUUCACUUACCCGUAAUGUCCUUUAACUUUUAAGAGUAAAAUUAUGUUCGGAGAUGGCCGUUCAAGAAGAGGAACAUUAAUCAAUAUCGACUACCCUGAUGCAAUUUUGAAAAUGGAGGAUACUGAGGAACUGAAGAUUUUACCGCUAAAAUUCCUUGCUAAACUUGGUAAGCUAAAAUUUAAUUUUGAUGUUUACAUGUAUUUGAAUCGUUUUAUUAAACCGUUAAGAUAUUAGUCAUAUUUGAUAAGUAUUAAAACUUAGUGUUUUCAAUAAGAUUUGAAGACGUUGGCUACCUCGGUAAAACACCCGUCGGCGAAUAAUAUAGAAAACAAAUUUGAGUCAGUAUGUUGUUGGAAAUUAAACUCAAAAUUUUUUUUUCGCUGGAAAUGUAUGAAAUGUAUGCUGGAAUAUAUGAUAAGACAAUAUCAAUCAUUUUUGUCAAAACUUGUUUAUAAGGUGGAAGUCGAUCGACUGAAAGAACUAUCGAAGAUCUCGAGGUAUUCUGGGUCACACUUCGUGAGUUUUCUUGAAAACUUCCAAACUAUACCCGGCAAUUCACAACAGAAUACCCACCGGAGCGCCGGCGGGUGCCAAGUCUUAUUGAAAGCACUGGGCUGAAACGAAAAAGGAUCUUUGGCUAAAGUGUUGAUAAUUUUGAUGAAAUGUUUCCAUUUUUAAUCCGUUUUGUAUUUAAUUAGGUAGAGACAAUAGCCAGGUUCGUUCAUUUGAAACCCCAAGUAUAAAGAGAAGAAAGGAUAAACCCUUGAAGUCGCUGUUUGACUCCACCGUGAAAGAGGAAAAUGCAACUCCAAGUGAGUAAAAAUUGGAAAACAUAGGAUUGUCUUUUCUAUUGCUCAGUAGCACUUUGUUUUAUCAACACUUAUUUCAGUAAUAUAUUAAGAAAACUGAUUGGUUUCGUAUUUAUUGGCUAGACCAAGAGAUUACACCCUCUUAACAACAACAAUAACAGUAACAACUACAACGACUUUAUUUGUACCCUACAUUAAUUUUCAUAAUACAAAAAAUAAUAUUACAUGAAAAAAUACAGGCUACCUGUAAUAACCAUUGAGGUCUAAAAAGAUAGGGCAGCCUUACUUAGGUUAUUAAUAAAUGAUUAUAUUAAAGGGUCAGGUACCACACACGCACACACACUUCACAAAAAACGUAAAGAGAAAAGAAAAGGCUAGCAUAAAAAGAAAGGCGACAAAAGAAAGCCAAGUAUUCUAGUUUUAAACAAUGGAAAGCCAGAAUAAACUGUUGUUUUGCUAAAUCUGCAAUUAAUAUUUCGCAAUAAGAAUUGGCUUAAACUUUUUCUUAAAACGUUUGAGGGAGAGAAGCUUUAUGUUGGAACCUUAUGUUGAAAAUUCCAUAAUUUGUUUUGGCAUAAGUCAUCCUGGAGGACAACCUAGUGUUAUGUCUAUGUAUAUCCCUGACAGGAUUGAAAAAAAUAUCAAAGAUUGAAGGUAAAAGUUGGUAAUGGAACUUAUACAUAAACACUGCAAGUUGAAGGGCAAUGAUAUCACACAGCUUGAUAAAAUUCAAGUCUUCAAAUAAAGGACUUGAGUGUUCAGUGAAGCUGGAAAAGGUCAUUAUUCUUAUAGCUUUCUUUUGUAAUAUAAAUAAAGUUUGCACAGUUCACUAAUAGGCAUUACCCCAAGCAAUUAUACAAUAAUUUAAGAAUGGCUCUACUAAGGUAUAAUACAGGCUUAGCAACGUUUGAUUAGGCACAUCCCUGUAUUGCAAUCUUUUUUUUUCGAAUCCGGAUCAAUUACUUGAAGUGUAUCAUGGACUCCUUUGGUGCGCCAUUUUAUUUGACCUGGUCAUCCGUAUCAGCUCAAAAAAACAUGUCCACAAUUAAUUGGGAACGAAAGGAUUUUUUAGAGACUACAACAUUCUGAGCACUAUUUCGUUUAAAGGUCGCGCUAGUCUCGGCAGGUUUUCCUCCAGAUGGCUUGAAAUUAUCAAGCAUAGGUUUGUCCUCACAACAUUUAAACUAAUGUAGUGCCACACUUGUCUCGCCAGUGAUCAUAGAGUCCGGCGCAGAAUCAGUUGACGCUAAACAACUACGAUCAUCUGAACAAGAUUUUUUCCGCGAAUCAAUCGUUGGUCUCACCUCGAAAGUCAGUGCUCAUCCGCAAGUUGAAAAAGAAACGGGUCAAAUGCUAACAGUUUCUGAAGGAAAACAGUUGUCAGAAGCCCUGCUGAAGAGCAUCAUGAAGUGUCUACAAAUCCAGAGCUCCCUCUACAGACUUGUUCUUUUCCAAAUAGCUGGUCGUGCUUCAUGCUCUUCAAGCCAACCUGACACCGAUGUCCAGGGAAGUGUUCAUACCUCGGAUAAACACGAGGCUUCUGAUGUGAGAAGUACAGGAGAAAAUUGUAAACAUGAUACACAGGUUCUCCUCAGUGAUCUGAAACAACCCAUGGAAGCUUUGAUGCGUUGUUUAAGCAUUCAAAAAACACUUUUUCAAAGAUUAACAGCAGUCAGCUUGGCAACUCUUGAGCUGUCGAAUGGCAGUUUAGGUAAAGUGAUACAGUGUAGAUGAUUGAUAAACUAAUUGAUAAACGUUGUUUAGAACUGGGUAUCCUAAUUGAAGUUUUUUCUCUCUCCGAUGCUUAUGUUAACAACUGAGUUAAGUUGGGCAUUAACUAACGCGGUGAGUGCUAGUCGUUGUCUUACCCUUCUAGAGAAAAACCAAGUAAUAUUAUAUUGACCAAUCCGGUGCAUAUCCUGUUGUCGUUUAUACUGUGAAAUAAUAUUAAACAUACGAAUAUUAACAACAAUCACAUGUAUGGAACGAAUGUCAAUUGAAACUUAAGAAAUUUUAUGAUAGCCUUUCUACGUACUGCCGAAAGCCAAAUCACGCCCUUCUCUAGGUAAGGUUGGCCCUCAAGCGGUACUCAGUUUUUCGGCAUUAAUUUUUUCAGUGUGUUGUUCGGCACGUUUAGUGUUUCCUGACCCGUGACCAUGGCGUCCUUUUUGCAGAAAUGAAAAGCAAGCCACGGGCAGACAUUUUGGCGGUGCAAUCUUUUCUUGAGGAAGUUAUCUUUAAGAACAGAGUGGAGUGCGGAUAUGUACGAAAUCCUUUUACAAAUAAACAACCCAAAGCUUCCACAACAGAGGAUGUGGUACAGCAUGUAUAUCACGAUAAACUACCGUUCAGCGGAGCUGCAGGUACAAUUUUGGUUUAGGGGGCGUCAAUUUGUCACAAUGCACUUGUUUCCUUUGUCCUGUUUGCUUCCUUUAGAUAUGAGAACCAAUGUAGGAUAUUUAAUCGAUAGUUGAAAUCGACGGUUAAUGAUUAUUUUUUUCCUCUCCGAGAUCCACCAGACAAAGAAACGCUAAGAAAUGGCGUUGAUGUGCAUUUCAAGUUAAAUAUGACCCCACCUGUUCCUAUUAUAGGUUGCCUGAAGAGGACUAGUACUUAAUAUACAGUCAAAACGUAGCGCUUCACACUGGCAACUUCAAUCUCGUGACACACGUUAGAACACGUUAGAAAAUUUUUUUCUUUAAGUUUAUCAAUGCUCUUUUUCCGCUUCUUUCAAAUCUCUUUGCAUGAAUGAGGGAAAAAAUAGGAACCAAUAUAUACUUAAGACCACUUCUGAGUAGUUUUUCAUACUUCCAUUGUGGUAGCAAGGUACAAAAACUACAUAGACAUCUUCAGAUAAAGCUUAUCACUUACUGCAUCAUUAUUUUCUUGCAGUUACCAACUACAAUGCAAGUUGUCAAAGGAAACUUCCACAUGGUCAUGGUAACCUUAAAACGGUGAUGGGUAAAACUUUGUACACAGGAGACUGGUGUAAAGGUAACGCUCAGUCUAGUCAACUGUCCAGCUACUGUUAGAAACUAUUCAGUACCAUUUAAAAGGCUACAAAGCGAAAACUGAUCAUCGGUAUUUACAUCAUCGUCGAUGAAAAGCGAGGACAAUUACCUCUGUCUCUGUGAAUCAUCGUUAACUGUUAUUUUGCUUCCCCGUGUUAUUAUUCAUACCUGAUAAGUAUCAAUUAGUGUUUCAUUAUCGCGCCCUAUAUAACUUUAGUCUCAUUAGUAGUCUUUAUUUCUUCACGAGCUAAAAAUUACGUAUCUUAUGCCACAAAGUGAAACGUAGCAAAAGUAGUAAAAAGGCCAAAAAUAGUAAAAAUAUGUAAUGUAAUUCCAUCCCUACUCAAAGAUAAUGCAAGGCCAAGGCAUGUUAAUCGCCCAUGAGCAAGACUUCACACUCAGCAAAAUGCUUAAUUUUGAGGAAUAUUUAAUGACUGGUCGUGCAGUAUCAUGCGCAAGAAAGUGUAACUCUUUAAUAGUAAUGGAAGAUCUCUGUUUUGCACACAGGCAAGAGAGAUGGGAUGGGUAAAGGUCUCAUCCUUUCUUUGCCUUGCGACAAUCUAACAACAGCUAAACAUGGAGUCUACAGUGGUGGAUGGAAAAACAAUAUGAGGUAAAAACAAAGUACGGGCUGAAGACGGUACGCAGAUAUCUGCUGAAAAGAGAUAUGCAUUGACGUGUUUAGUAGACGACUUAAUCAAAGAAACAAUCACCGAGAUAACCAAGAAAAAAGAAGUCCAGUAACAGCUACUACUAUGAGAAUUAACACCUGUGUUAAUGCAUCUCUAAGGUCAUCGCGCAGAAAGAAGACAAAGAAAUUGGUUUCAAAUGAUCGAGCUUCAAACUUCCUGUUUCGGAAAGACUUGUAAGAGCCUCAACUCGUUUCUGACUAAGUACACACGCCAACAUAGAAAUAUAAGAUGGUUCUAAUUUACUGAAAAGGGCGUAAUUUGCUUUCAAUUUCGCUUUUACACAGAUGUACUUUCACAUAGACUAUGUAUUCUAUUGCUUAGUUCAACCGAGCCUUACGUGUUGAUGAAAUUGUUUGGGCUUACUCUAGGCAUGGUCAUGGAAAGAUGAUGUUUUCUUCCGGUGCUGUAUACGAAGGUGACUGGCAGUACGACAAAAUGACCGGCUAUGGGACUUUGACGCUUCCGGAUGGUACUGUUCAAGAGGGGAGUUGGAAAGAUGGGUGCUUAGAUGGAUGUGUGCAGUUUACUUGGCCUCAUGGAGUCACUGAGUUUCGAGAGUAUGAUAAGCGUCGAGGUUAGUGCUUUAAACCACUCGAUUGUUUUGUUUAAGUGAGAACAGAUGUUCACCUCACGACAUUCGAUGUACAUUUCAACAUCAUCAAUGGGUUGAACUAAAAUUUAGCCCCGCGUUUCGAUAAAAGAUGUUUAAAUUUGAGAGGUGUUUCCAUCAUAUAACGGGCGUAGUUUAAUUCAUUUUGAUCAAGAUCUUAAAGUAACUAAGGAGAAGGUUCUGCCUUUGCUAUAGCAUCUGCAAAUGGUAAGGUGCUCUAGUCUUCUCAGAUAAGGAUGAUAAACAGUAGUCCCCAUCUCAUCGCCUGCAUCUAUACCGUACUGUUGGCGGGGUACGUCAAAGAACCCGUGUACUUCUCGCAGAGUAGGUGACGUUGCUCUCAGUGUUGUGUUUUGGCCUAGUUGUUGUUUUACACCGGAUUCCAUUUAAACCAGCUUUAAGGCUGAGCUGGGCCAUACCACAAAUAAAAAAAAUUAAUGAAUAACUAAAUAUUUUCCCUAUAAACAAAUAUGUUGGAUUUAAUUUAUAAUGAAUAGUAAGGGAAUUGAUAUUGAGUUAAAUUAUAAAUUGAUUGUUAUUACUCGGAAAGGGGGACUACUCCUGGUAUAGAAGUAAAAUUGUUCUUUUUUUAUCUAUUUUGUCGUUUGAUCCUCAGGUCUCCUGUCUUCCUGUGCAAUCGGUAAGGAAGCUGCUCAGAAGCUGUCUCAAAUGCGUUCCAUUCAGUCCAAGAUUUCAGACAUGAGUGAAUUUGUAAUUCAGCUAAAUGCCGAGAAACUACGUCUCAGUGAGCAACUGAGCAUGCAUAAUAUGGUACAAGCUGAGUUGAGAAGUCAUUACCACACUGCAAUGUUUGAAAUUCGUGAAAGUUUUAGGGAACAGCUAGAGCGUGACUGUACGGAAAAGCGAGAAGAGUUUGAGAAGAAUUUAAACAAGGUAAAAGAAUCCGUGGCGAAAAGUGCCCAAAAAGUUCUCGAUCUCAAAAUGGAACUCGAAAAAUCCAGGAGCUCUGUGCUUUGUAAGCAGUGUGCCAAACAGCCUCGUGACUGCCUCAUCAUGCCCUGUGGCCAUUUUUUGUACUGUAGAACUUGUGUAAAAGAAUUAAUGAAGGGCUCCUCUAUCAAAUGCCCUUCUUGCAAGCGGGAUGUCACCGCUAAACUUUUCUGUAAUCUUGAUCAUUAAACCAUACAUUCUCAAUAAACGAGAAAACUAUUGUCGUUCAAUUUUUACUCGAGUUGUUAACACAAAUCGAACUCAAUGUAUAGUCAUUAUAUCAUUGUAAAUGUUAAGACAAUUAUUUUAAUAUUUCUUACGAAUAAAAUCAUUUAAGAAACGUAAAAUUCGUUUUGUAAGAAUGACAUUUCUUAAAGUUGAUCUGGUAAUCUGAUCGUCCGGGUGAGAUUCGUCCUGAGAAGUACUGUUGCCGGUUGUAGCGCCUGACGUUUCGUUGUUGUUUAGUUGUACAUUGUGGAAACAGGAGGACGACAAGUUGACCGAUUACGAAAACACCUUCGCAGCGUGGAAAGAAAUGACAAGGACGCACCCAAACCAGUCGCUGGACACUUUAAUCUCCAUUAUCAUUCUAAGAAAUAUAUGGCAGUUUGCGGCCUUUCCCUACAUCUAGGCAGUUCGGAAAGCCGCCGAAAUUUGGAACAAAAAUUUAUCUUUCAAAUAGGCACUCUUAAUCCCCACGGUAUCAAUGAGCGCUUUUCAUUCAACCAAUUUAUUUUUGUUUUUCUCGUCACCAUAUAACGUAGCUCCGUUUUCUACAUGUAAACCCACACACAACCCAGAUUUCCUCCAAUCGCUCUGCUAAGGGCUAAAGCUCGAAACGUCAGCUUUUAAAUUCUUUAUGGUGGUCAAUUUACGUUAUUAACUCAGUUGAUAAUACUAAAUUACUUUGUUUGAUGGUAGUUUAUUAAUUUUAUUUCAAAUUGGUUAAAGAUAGUUCCCAUUUUAACUCUUUUAGGCCGUCAUGAGAUAUUUACUUGAUGAAGGACUUCGAUCACUAUAUACGUACAAAACUCGAAAUAAUACGACAACGUUUACUUCCACGUUUACCAUUGCUUGUGCCACUUGGUGAAGAGGAAUUACGCUUCUAAAGAGGCGAUCGUGGGAUUAUCAUUUAUUUCCCGAGACGUUAGGUAUCACCUUUCAUCUAUUUUAGCCGAAAGAGGUUAUGCCAGUGCUAAUAGGUGAAUGAGAAUAUACAGAUAAUCAAUGAACAGUUGGCUCGUUUAUCGCUGUAUCAAUGUCCAAUAGCGGGAAUGGCAACUUGAAGCGGGAAAGGAGGACAUUAUCAAUUUAUUCAACUAAAUCUUUGAAAUAGAGACGGUCAUGUCAUGCUCAGCUUGGGACUUUCCGGUUUAUAAGUAGACCAUGGGCAGAAUUUAAAGAGGUUACGAAAGGAACUGCCACACAUCUUAAUUUGUGAAUAUCGUGGUUAUGCCAAUUUGUCGCCAAACAGGGGCUUGAUCCGGAAGUAGAAGUCAACAAUUUUAUUGAGCAGUCAUCUUCAAUUUAUAACUUUCGAAAAAAAAAAAAAAAAAAAAAAGAGAAGAAGAUAAAAAUGAAAAUCUCUAGACAUUAAGCUGUGUUGAAGAUGACUCCGCUAGACCUACAUUCACACCCGCUUUGCUAAAACGGGACUCUAUCUACCCCAGAAGUCAUUUCGGUCAUGCUGAUCAAGCUUCCGUGUCUCAUCCGGAGCCUACAGAGAUUACCUAAAAGCUACUUAAUUAAGGACACUUCUGCUUCACAGAGAAGUAUAUAAGCAGAACGACUUUGCUCUAGGAAUUUUUUCCAGCUUAUUUAAUCACGUUUUGCACAAGUUUCACUCUUACAACCGGAAGGAGGCUUCUGGAUAUCGACGAGGUUUGACUUUCGGUUUUUCCUAGACCAACAGAACAACAACUCAACAGAACCGGAAUUCGGUUGAGAUCCGGUCCCGAUCACGUUGAGGUGAGACUGGCCAGGGAUUAUCCUGGUAAGUCCUUUCUUCAGUAGUUUUCCGGCUUCCAUUUUUCUUCAGGCUGUAAAUCAUGCACAUUUGAUAUAAUCGCGACAGAACAUCAUAUUAAGAAGAAUUACACAAUUAACCAACUGCCAUUGAAGAAAGACAUUUGGAUUAUUUUUGGCACAUUUGACAGCUUACCCAAAAUUACAACCUGCGAUUGGUAUCAAAUGGUACAUUUUCCACUGACGUAACGGGUUAUUGCUGAGUGUGUAAUGGUUACCAACAAAUUGAUGAAAUGAUGAAAUGCUUGGGGAUAACCUUGUGAUGGGAUUUGAGCAUACCAUUCAGGGGGAAGUGGUAAUACUUCUAGUAGCUUCAUGCCAAGGAAACUGGGAUAAGGUCUGGCUCGGAGGGAGGGGAGAUGGCAACUUAAUGGCUUGAGUACAGACCCUAACCCUUACCCCUUAAAGCCUGUACCCUCUGUUGUGAUCUGUAGGAAGACACUGAUGCAUAUAUCAUGUCACAAUGCAUGAUUACCAAACUUCUGCUUCUUUAACAAAAAUUAAGAGUUUUAACUGUCUCAGGUUGAUUAAGUCCAUGGAGUCUGUGCUGUUGUAUUUUUUAAUUUUGCAGAAUUUGCUGACAUGCAAAGAUAAUUCAAGUGUUUUUAUCAUGGCUGCAGAGUUGGCUAUUUGUUGGAAUGUUGCGUUUGAAGAAGAUGAUCAUCAGGAAUAUCUUUUGUAUUCAGGACAAAGUAUUAAUCUACCUCCAUGUAAGGCAAAAUUCCUUAAUGUGCCAGAAUCUUAUUUUGCAUGGCUCAGCUUUUUUCAGCAUCCUCCUUUUUUACAAGCUUCCCUCAUGUUGAUAUUUUUUGCUCCAUUUGCACCUCUAACUUUAACCCACAAAUUCUAUGUUACAAAUAGUCAGGUUAGAAAUACGUCAGGAGCAUCAGUUAGUAGAAACAUAAGAUAAAAAAAUUCCUUAAUUUUAGUAUUCACCUUGGUUAAGAACUGUAACCUAGCUCUGUCUUUCUUCUAUUUUGGAUGAGUGGAGGGGGCAUUUCAUGUAAAAUUAAUAUACAAGUCAUGUUUGUCUGAAGUAUAUUGAUUUGAGCCUCUUUGACGGAUAUCAGUUUGGAUGUGGCUUUAAACCAAAAGAGUACUGUAAUGAAUUUGACCUCAUUCAGGUAACAUCAAGCAACGACUACAGAAGAGUAAAGCCUUAAUGCAGAAAUAUUGAGGUUUCUACAAUGAAUUGAAAACUGGUCUUGCAUGUAGCCUAUAUAUAGUUCCACCAGUCCUGUAAGUGGCACCCAACUUUGAUGAUUGAUAUUUUCAAUGAUUUAAUUGUGUAAUGAAUUUUUACUUUUCAGUAAUUCAUCCAAAUGCAUGGACACUCUGUGGAACACCCAUACAAUUUUGUGUAAGUAGCAGACUCAGAAAGUUUUAAGUGCACCCCAAACCUUUUUGACAAGGUCUAAUUGGAUGGUUGCGAAGUAGCUUUCCUCUGUAAACAACAAAUUAUACUUCUUUUAUGAAUGUUAUUUAUAGAAUAUUUAUAUAUUAAAUCUAUGUUUGACCUGUUGUUAUGAUUGUUGUUCAUAGUGUACUAUAACCCUUUCUGAUUAAGAUGAAUGUCUCAUUAUUACACUAGGCCACUUCAUUGUCAUCACUUGAUCUUCAAGGAUUUAAAGAAAGGUUUCAAACCAUAACCAUGAUGGAAAUUUAUUCUCAAAAGAGUGUGGAGGUAAGUACAGUUAACUUUUGCUUGGAUGAUUUUGCUAUUAAUAGAAACUUAUUUUUUUGUCUAGAUGCUUAUGCACUUGACUCUGCCUUGUAGAACACUGAAUAUAUCUCCCACACAUCUUGGCACUGAUAAAAGACCACUAUAACCUGGAUUUAAUUAUGCAGAAAGGUGAUUUGAAAUUAAUAAAACUUGGUUAAAAAAAAAUCAACUGUUGUUCAAUUAAUUUCUAUGGUUACCUUUAACCCAGUUUCAGGCGAAAGCCAAAAAAAGCAACCAUAUGACAAUUUUUCAGUAACUCAGUUAACUGUAAUAAAUUAAUUAGAAACAACUUGUUUAACUCCUGGGUGAUUAUGUAUCUAUCUUUGUAAACUAUUUAGGAGCUGCGUUUAGAGGACUAUAAGUAUGUGAAGAAACCAAAAACCAAAAGGUCAGAAAAACAAUUCAAAAGUUCAGCUAGAAAUUAUUCAAGAGGCUUUACCUUACAUCAUUGGUCAAAUUCAAGUGUUGAAAUGAAGAAUCCCAGCCCAAGUAAGAAAAAGAGUUAUUUAUUUUAUAAUUUAACUUUUUUAAUAAGGAACAGCUUCAGUUUAUUCACACAAUUUAUGGUAUAAAGAAAUCAAGAUAAAAUCAGGAUAUAUAAAACUAGUUUCUUUUUUCGCAUGCUCCUUAAAGCAACUUAUGUUGUAUGUAAAUGACAGCAAAAAGUACAAGAAUUUCAAAAAGUUUAAAUUAUCAACAAUCUUUCAUGGAUAAUAUUUUGUGAGCCCUGUCCUAAGGAUUUUGCAUUUGUUUCCAGUGGACACAGAUUCUAUCACAAUCAAUGCUCAAGAGCAAACAUCACAGAGCUCCCAUUAUUCCACCACACAACCAUCAACUGAUCCCAGUGAAGUGUCUCACCAAUCAGCUGAAGAAUCAGAGCAAGCACCAAUGGUGACUGUUUCAAUGGGAAAAGACCUCAUGUCCUCUCUGCACGGGAGCAUUAUCAAGUGCAUGCAAAUCCAAAACUCUCUCCAUAAGCUGGUGUUGCUCAAACUGGGACAGAAAGCUGCCAGAUCUGAGGGCCAUAGAGACACUGGUUCUAAUAGACUGGAGACCAGCCAUGCAGAAAGCUCUGCUGAGAAUCCAGAUGAUGAUCCAAGGGAUCUAUUGUGUGAGCUUAAGGAUCCUUUAGUGGGGCUGAUGGGCAGUGCAGAAAUUCAAAGAAGUUUUUUUCAAAGAUUAAUCACCUUGAACUCAAUGAUUACUGGUGAAUCAGCUGAUUCAUUAGAUAAUAGUUCAUCUCCAGGUACAGAUACUGAUGUCUGUGUCUGCUCUUAGAAUAUUGUAAUGCACACCAGUACUUAUCAGCUUACAUGUAGGGGCGACAGUGAAGGAUUACUGCUUAUGUGAAGUGAAACUGAAAUGACAAAACAGAGAUAAUAUAAGAGUGAAAAUAGGAAUGCAAUUGAGAAUGUGAAUAGUGAUGUCUGCAAUGAUAACAUUGAUUGUUUGAAAAUGAUUUCCUCAGUGCCAAAUUGUUUUUUCUGCUUCAAGAAAAUCAAAAAAGCUUUCAUUCCUAUUGAUAUGAAGCCCCUGUUAAAACUUUAAAAAUUCAAAAACAUUUAACCCUGUAACUCCCAUAAGUGACCAAGAUGAAUUUCUCCUUACAAUAUCAACUAGAUAAGUGAUGAGAAUAAAGAAAAUUAUCAAUUUGGGGAUAAUUAGUUGAUCCAAUACCAAAUUCUCAAACCUAACAUCAUAAGAACUGUAUGGCAGACAGUAAGGAGAAUUACUAAUGAGAUCUUGGGUCAGUUAAAAGGUUAAGCUAUUCCUGGAUUUUUGCAUGUUUUCUACUAGAGAAAUAAAUGUAAAUAAAAGACAGAAAACCAUGUUUAAAUGCAUGUAGUGUCCAAGAAAAGGUAUCAGUUUGAGUGGAAACAUUUAUUCGGUGUUACAUGUCCCUCAAAAACAUAUAUACCUACGUAUGUAUUCCCUCUUGUGCAGAGACUCAGAUGAUGGGCUGGUUAUCAACUUAUUUGGAGGAAGUGACAACCUUGCUGACUGAACACCCCAGAAUUGCUCCAUCAUGUUACCUAUAUAAAAAAAUACGUUUGAAAUUGAGAGCCAUUAAUAAGAUACUUACUUGUGUUGGUUUCUUCCUGCUCAGAAUCAUCACAAGGUAACAUGCAGACUGUUGGUGCCAAUCUUGAGGAGAUUGCACUUAAAACUACAAUGCUUUGUCGCUAUGCAAGAAACCCUUUUACCAGCUUCCAAGUCAAAGCAAUGACCAGCAAGGAUGCACUGAAAUGUGUAUGUCAGGUUAAUGGACCUGUAACCUCCCAGGCAGUCAGUGAGGUGAGAGGUCAGCGGAAACUUCCCCAUGGAUAUGGAAGCCUGAAAACUGUGACAGGGAGACUUUUAUACAGAGGAGACUGGUUCAGAGGUAAAUAUCUGGGACAACUGUCAGAUUGGUUUAGAGGGAUACAAGGAUAAGGAGAAAUGUGAGAACCAUUAGGUGUAAUAUUCUUGGAGUUUGCCCCAGACAUUAUGCCGUGAUGGACUUGAUUGAAUUUCUCACCCCAAGUAGCCACCUUGAGCUUGCAGCUUCUAUGUAGCUUAUAUGAAAUUGUAUUGAUAGAUUCUGUAGUCAUAUGAUGCCUUGAUGUUCCAACUGAGAGUAUCUAAAAAGACCUUUGAUUCCUUUAUACAGGGCCUCCCAGACUCCUUGAAUUAGAGCUCCCCCAAACAACUUAAGUUGACUUGGUCAUUUUUGAGAAGUGUUUUUUGUUUCAUGAUCUGAGGAUCAUUUUGGAGGCAAAAACGAAAUUGUUCACUCCUUUUUGAUGUUGAUGACAUAAAAAAUUGGCAGAGGUCAAAAUAGUAUUAUUGUUUGUUGAUACGACAGUACAGUAAGAGCAGGAGGAAGGUGUAAGAAACACUGAAACAAGUUUCUAUCAGUAAAACUAACGCCAUGCAUCUAGUUUGUUGGGGAACUUUCUGUUAUUGUUACAUGUGGUGCAGGUAUGAGGAACGGUAAAGGGGAAGGCUUUAUUCUGACAGUACCUGUAAAAAGUGACAGCCCAGAAGUCAAUGAACAUGGGUUUUACAUUGGUGGAUGGAGGAAUAACAUGAGGUGUGUCGAGAAAAUAGAGUUGUAUUAUUAAGUUGUAAAAGCAACAGAGCUGUAAACUGUUUUGAGCAAGACCUAGAACUGGAACAGCAAGGACAGAGUCUGAGCUUCCUAAAAGCAUAGCUUGUGGUAGAGAGUGUGCAUGUAACCUUUUCUUUGUAUCUUGAGUCAAUUAAUCAUAGCAAACCAACCUGGCAUGCUCCCAAAUACAAGUAGAACGCACAGGUAGACCUACCCCCCUUUCUGAAAAUCUUGCCUAAGCCCCAUGGUCCAUGUAAGUAGGUGUUCACUAAGAGAGAAGUGACUGUUAGUUGAAAACUCUAUGAACUAAGAACAGCUACUCAGGGCAACACAAUGCAAAUCUCUAUUUUCAGCCUUAAAAAGCAAACUGCCAGAUAUUAAAGAGAAAAGGAGAGAGAUUUUUGCCUUAUGCCCAGUCUUCUGUUUGCUAGGCAUGGUCAUGGAAAGAUGACGUUUGUAUCUGGUGCUAUAUAUGAGGGUUUGUGGCAGUAUGAUAAAAUGACAGGAUAUGGGAUCUUGAAGUUACCAAAUGGGACCAUUCAGGAAGGGACAUGGAACGAUGGAUCACUGGAUGGCAUAACUCUUUUCACUUGGCCCCACGGUGUCAGUGAGUACCGAGAAUACAAACAAGGCCAAGGUUGGUACCUAAAUAAUUUAAUAUGAACAAAGUUUCAUUAAGUGUCAAGUGAGUGACGCUCUAGCAUGCGUGACGACAUGCGCUAAACAAGCAAUUUGUAGAAGAGAAGUGCCAUGCACUUGAAAGUUAUCAAAAGGAACCCAAGUUAGUAUCCCCUCCCUGUGCUUGAUAUCACCUGAUUAAUUCGCCAAAGUAAUUUAAGAGUUUUAAAAAUUUUAUGCUGGGCGAUGACAGUUAAGAAAGUUGAUGGCUCAAUCCAUGGUUUUGUGUUUUUUUUUAAGUAUUUGUAGGUCAGCUGUCUACUGGUCAAGUUGAUGAAGAAACUGCUUUAAAGCUUGCACAGAUGAGUUACAUAAGAUCCCAGCUUUUUUCUUUGGUUGAAAGUGCAACAAAGUUAAAAGACGAUAACUUAGACCUCAAAGGCGAACUGGACUCUUUGAGAGCUGCUCAGGCAGUGUUGGACAGAAACUAUCAACUUGUACCUGGUCUUUCUGAAAUACGCCAAAGUUUUGAAAUUCAACGCAGGCAGGUUUCUGAUGAACUGAGAAUAGAGUUCGAGCAGAAGUUUAAGGACGCAGAAGAGAGCAACAUGAAAAACACCGAGAGAAUUGGCCAGUUAGAGAGAGAGCUAGAACAAUCUAGAGGAUCGGAACUGUGCCAAAUCUGCUUUGAACGACAACGUAAUUGUGUCAUUAUGCCUUGCAUACAUUUUCUUUACUGUGGAAGAUGUAUAACUGAGCAUAAGAGCAAAGGUGAUUCUCGUUGCCCCACUUGCCGCGGGCCUAUUAAUGGAGAAUUGGAAGUAAGGAAAAUGUAAGUGUAGAAAUGAAACUAAUAAUGUUCCAAAUGGGUGCGAAGUUGAUAGCUCUCGUUAUUGCAGGUCUAUCAAUCUUUGGAACAAAUUACCAAGGGACUUUAAAAGCGUGGACUCAUUUCAUACUUUUAAAAGGAGGCUUUUAGAUUUUUACGAUGAAAAAACCGUUUCUUAUAAUCUUCCAAGUCGUGAGGGUGUAAGUUAAUGAACCUAUU